AUGUCCUCCUGGCUUGCGGGCCUCAGUUCAGGAUGUCGCCUCUGGCGCGGCACCUUCAUCCAUCUGGACAGUCGACAGUUCCAUAGCACUCGGCUCGUCCUCGCACGCCAGAAGCAGAAGAAGAUUCCGACACUCUCGAAGAAACAGCUCGCUGCAAAGGCUCGGAGGAGGGCUUUCAAAGGGAAAAAGAGCAUGUAUGACAACGAGAAGAUGACGCUGGAAGAUGCUAUUGCUGUCUUGCGUUCCGUCGAGGUGGCAUCCCCGAAUUCUUUGUACGAGCUUUUUGUCAAGACCGAGAUGUCGAAAGGAAGCACCAUUCCCAAAGGCCGUUACCAGUUGCCCAGAGAAGCUAAAGCGAAGACGAAGGAUCGCAUCCUCGUUUUUGCGGAAGGGAAACAAGCUGAAGAGGCGCGGAAUGCAGGCGCAGAUAUUGUAGGCGGUCCUGAGCUCGUGGACGGUGUUAUUAGCGGUCGCCAUAAAGCUAGUCUCUUCCUGUCGACGCCGGAGCUCAUUCGUACCAUUACGCCUAAGCUUGGGCGCGUCCUCGGUCCUCGUGGGCUGAUGCCUUCCGAGCGGCGAGGCACUGUGACCGACAACAUCGCGGGUUACAUCCGGAAUCUGAGAAGUAGCGAUGAGUGGCGAGGGGACAAAGCCGGUACAAUCAGGACUCCUAUCGCAAGGGCGCACUUUCCUGUGCCAGACGUCGUCAAAAACGUCCGAUAUUUCAUGACUGUCGUCAAGCGCGCUACAGGCAAUAUUAGGGACCCGGAUGCUGACCGUGACAAGAAGGAUACAAACCAAAAACCUGUCAAUGCCAUCGUGCGCGUGAUCUUGAGCUCACAGCAGGGUCCUGGGAUUACCAUUUCGGAUGCAUGA